CUCCAAAUUGGGUUUACUCAGAACCAAUUAUUCAUUUGAUGAUUGCAUAUAGUGUGAUGUCAAACCACGUCCCUCCUGAUUGUGCUUUUGGGAAGCUUCCAGAUCAUCUGCUUGUUGAAAUUUUCAUUCGCGUCCCUACCUCUGACUGGGGACAUUUAUCUUGUGUUAAGAAGCACUGGGCUCAUCUCUUUCGCCAAGACUUCUUGUGGAAUGCUGCUCUUCUCAGGACUUUUCCUCUGGCUCGCCGCGAUAACAGAUGGCCAGGCCCUAUUCCUCAAGGCUUGGCCAAAAGGAGAUAUACUGCAUUAUAUAUCAGCAAACAGAUCUUUUCACUGGGUGAAAAAUUGGACGACGAGAUUGUUGGUCACGUUUAUUUAUUUCUCAAAGAGCAGCUUGAAAUUUCAAAAAUGCCCCCUUUGUCUGGAGUACUUCAUGGAACCAUCAUAGAUCAGUUUAUUGCCUGUGGUAAGUCAAGGGACAUAGCUCAUGAGCUUGCUUCAAUAAUCUGGCUGGCUGUGAUUGACAACAUGGAGGAGAAUGAACAAACAUUUAAUUUACUAAAGCGUCUUGCAUCAGAAGGGGAUGUGAUCUUGCCUUUCCCGUAUUCAAGGUCUUAUAAAGUCCAAUGGAGAGUGUUUGAAAGGCUUUUUACAGACUUCCGCGACUGCUUGAAUCAUGCGGAGUACUGUGAUCUUUUGGCAUGCGCCAAGCAAAAGUUCCAACCUGUACCGUCCACUUGGUUGGGCCACUAGCUUUGCAGCAUAAUAUUACAGUACAGUAUGCAAGUCUACUGCACACGAAUAAAAAUGAAACGAUGUCCUCCGCGGACAUGCUUAAGACUGAUUGCAGAUAGCGCAGGUGUCUAUUUUGUACCUGAUUUUUUAAAAUGUAAUUUUGUAAGACAUGUAUAAUGGAACAUGACGAUGGACAAGGUUAUGAAUUGUAAAUGCAUAUUGUAAAGAUCAAUGUUCGAAAUGAAUGUCCUUUAAAUA